CUCAGAGCUCCACUUCUGGUCCACACUUCAGAGCGUCGGCUCGGCCUAGGAGUCUCGUAGUAGCCCUCGUGCGUGCACCGCCCACACACACUCGCAACCAUGACUGAUCUCAGCCGCAAUGACAUCGACAGGGCGAACUUUGCCUUCUCCAUCUACGACUUCGAGGGUGAAGGCGUCGUUGAUGCCAUUUAUUUGGGCGACGUGCUCCGCGCGCUCAACCUGAAUCCCACCCAGGCCAUCGUGGAGAAGAUGGGCGGCACCAAGAAGAAGAACGAGAAGAAGUUGAAGGUUGAAGAAUUCCUGCCCAUUUUCGCCCAAGUCAAGAAGGAGAAGGAUGUUGGCUGCUACGAGGACUUCCUGGAGUGCCUGAAGCUCUACGACAAGGCUGAGGACGGCAAGAUGCUGUCUGCUGAGCUGUCCCACACUCUGCUUUCCCUGGGUGAGCGCCUUACUGAUGCUGAAUGUGAUGCUAUCCUUAAGGAUUGCAUGGACCCUGAGGAUGAGGAUGGCUUCAUUCCCUAUGCCCCCUUCCUCAAGAAGGUGGUCUCAGGCCCACCCACAGAAGCACCAGCAGAGGGGCAGUAAACAAGUAAAAACUCUUCAAAACAUCACAAAUUUUGAAACACUCGAAAUACUUUCAUGUUCAAACUAGAAUAAGGGACUAAUUAAUCUGAAUGCAGUUCCAUCAUGAAUCAAUAAAAUGUGCAUAUGUUUUUCUUUUGGUUCUCCUUUUGAUUGUGGUGAUGUGGUCAACAACUUGGGACACAACCCUGGAGUAUGGACAAGAAGUCAUUUAGAAGAGGAGUUGUACAAUUCAGAAAGUGAGCCAAAAUAAGUGAUUUUUACAGCUACAUUCAAUGUUGCUUGUGUAGGAACAACAGCAUGGGCCAUAAAAUGUACAACUUGUACCAACUGGAUGAAUCAUAAGAAAAAAUAUCUCUCUAAUAAAUGACAUUUAAAAUGACGAUUGUUUACAAACUUUCCCAUUUUCAAAAACCCCCAAGUCACAAAACUUCCCAACUGAAUAUUUUUGCCAUUACUUUGUUACUUAGGUGACAAAAUAAAUUUAUUCUCAGUACUUGUCCUUUGUACUAUGCUCACAAUUUCUGUUAUUCAGCAAAUCAAGAAAACUAUUAAUAUAAAAUGAUCAAUCUAAAUAACCCACAAUUAUUUACUUCAACAGUUAUAAUUUACAUUAUGUUUGCUUUUAUUUUAACCAUAUUUUAAUUUUUUCCUGUCCCAGCAAACUGUUUUUUCUCACAAUGAAGAAAUCUGGAAUGUUUUUUAUGAAUCACAGUUGAAAACUUUCUUUACUGAUGACCACUCCAUUAAAAGAAUAACAAUAGCAGAAUAUAAUCAAUGU